CCAACAAAACACAGUCCAAGAUUCAAGAGAGAGAGAAAACAGAGCAACGCAAGAAACAGAGCAACACAAGAAGAAUGAUCACUUUCAAGAACCACAUUUCCUUGACACUCUUCUCUCUCCUCUCCGUCUUCUCUCUCCUCACCCAGUCCCAAACAACGCCACUGCCGUUGUACGCGGUGGGCCCGGGUGGUAACGGAGGAGGACGGUGGGCCGUACUCCAGAAAUCCAUUGGCGUCUCAGCCAUGCACAUGCAACUCUUGAGAAACAACAAGGUCGUAAUCUUCGACCGCACCGAUUUCGGCACGUCAAAUCUCUCUCUCCCGACCGGAAAAUCCUGCCGUCGCAACGACGCCGUUGUAAAGCUCGACUGCUCCGCCCACUCCGUCUUGUACGACUUCGCUUCCAACACCUACCGUCCCCUAACCGUCCAAACCGACGUCUGGUGCUCCUCCGGCGCCGUCCACCCCGACGGCACCCUCGUCCAGACCGGCGGCUACAACUCCGGCGACCGCAAAAUCCGCCUCUUCACCCCCUCCACCACCAACUACGCCGCCGUAGACGGCGGCGACGGCGACGAUUCCGACUGGGUGGAACUCCCGGCCGACUUGAAAGUCCGCCGAUGGUACGCCACCAAUCACAUCCUGCCGGAUGGCCGCGUCAUCGUAGUUGGCGGCCGCAAACAAUUCAAUUACGAAUUCUUUCCCCAAAAUACCCCUCCCAAGAUAUUCUCCCUCCCUUUCUUGAACUCAACAAGAGACAGGUUCGAAGAAAACAAUCUGUACCCGUUCUUGCACCUGCUCCCCGACGGAACCCUCUUCAUUUUCGCCAAUCGAAGGUCGAUCUCGUUCGAUUUCACGAAAAAUCGGGUUGUUAGAGAGUUUCCAGCGAUCCCCGGUGAAAAAAGGAACUACCCAUCGACGGGGUCAUCGGUUUUACUGCCGUUGAGAGGACGGGAGGCGGAGGUGAUGAUUUGCGGUGGGGCCCCGAAUUUCGCGUUUUAUAAGUCCGAAAAGUUUAGAAUAUUUGUAGAAGGUUCUAGAACAUGCGGGAGGUUGAGGGUUUCGGAUUUCAAUUCGAAAUGGGUCAUGGAGCGAAUGCCCAUGAGCCGGGUCAUGUCGGAUAUGAUACUUUUACCUACGGGUGAUGUGCUUAUCAUUAAUGGUGCUUCGAGCGGGACGGCCGGGUGGGAGGAUGCGGUCGGUCCCGUUCUAAACCCGAUUCUUUAUUACCCGACAGAACCCGACCCCAGCAAGAGGUUUCAAGUGAUGAACCCUUCUGCCAUUCCGAGAUUGUACCACUCCUCGGCUAUUUUGUUGCCAGACGGCAGGAUUCUAGUGGGUGGGAGUAAUCCCCACGUUAAGUAUAACUUCACGGCGUUUUAUAGGACGGAGUUGAGUUUGGAGGCGUUUUCGCCGCCGUACAUGGGCCCAGAGUACUCUUACUUACGCCCUAAGAUCGUAUCCGUUGAGGCGAUGGAUAACAUGAUAUUGUAUGGUCAGAAAUUUUCUAUCAAAUUCGUGGUGGCUUGCGAUCCGUUAUAUCGAGAGAUCACCGUUGCUUUGAUUGCCCCGUCGUUUACGACACAUUCUUUCGGAAUGAAUCAACGGCUGGUAUAUUUGGACGUGGUGGGCGGGGUGCAACAGGUGACGGCGUUUGGGUACAAGGUUAAUGUGGUUGCGCCUCCAACGAAGAACGUUGCGCCGCCGGGGUAUUAUAUGCUGUUUGUGGUGCACGGUGGGAUACCGGGGGGGUGUUCUUGGAUCAAGAUCGAAAAUUAAUUGAAGGAUCAAAACAAUUUCCUGUUGUUCUGAUUUUUCAAAUUGUUGUGGUUUUUUCUCCCCCUUUUUCUAAGGGAGGGUUUUAGGAUGGACCAACAAAUUGAUCAAAAUGAGAUUUGGAUGUAAUUAUUUUAGGGAAACAAAUGACAAAUUA